CUUCAGUCUCCUCCCUCUCCGUGCCUCCUCCCCUCUUAUCCAUGUGUCCGUCCCCUUCAUUAACUCCAGUAUGAAAGGGAAGCCUCUAGCUGGCAGUCGCACCACCGGAGCCUCACAGGAGCCUCACUCAGACAAAAAAAACCCCCACUCACUUGACUCAGUCCUGGACACGGAGACACAGUUGGCUGCCAAAUCAUAAUCAGUGUACCUCUGAGUGAGGCCUCAGUUUGCCAAGAUAUCUCUGUUUUGUAACAUGGAGCUCCACAGAAUGCAUAAAACCUCUCAGCACAGCCACCUGGGUGAGGAGAAGCACCAGAUGCUGAACCUGAACCGGCGCCUGGAGACCUACCUGAGCCGGGUCAAACUCCUGGAGGAGGAAAACGCACUGCUUGCAAAAGAGAUCCAAGCUCUGAGGCGCAGCAGUCACGGGGCCUCGACACGAAGGAAGUGUCUGGAGGAAGAGCUGCGGCAGGCCAGGCUGGAGGUGGAUGCAGCCUGGAGGGACAGGGUCCUCACCGAGCUGGAGGUCGGCAGGCUGACCGAGGAGCUCCAAACCCUGGAUGUGCAGAGGCAGAUGGAGGCUCAGGCCCAGCUCAAGGCCAAGAUGAAGCUGGAGCAAAGCAGGAGGGAGCUGGAGGAGGAGCAGAGGGCACAGAUCUGGCUGAGGGAGAAGGUAAGCCAGCUGGAGCACGAGAUGAGACACCUGAUUCAAACCCAUCAGGAGGACGUGGCCCACUUGGAGGCCAAGUUGACACAGGCCAGAGCCACAGUGCCACCCGCACUGGCUCAAAGGGGCAACCAUACACCAAACCUCCUGCAGCUGGGUCAGGAGUACUCCCAGAGGACCACCAGGGCAUGGCAGGAGGCGGCAGAGGCCUAUCAGGGGCAGUUAGCUCGGCUAGAGGAGUCACUCAACCAGACCAAGAGCCGUUUAACCCAAGUGGGUCAGGAGAAGAGCGAGAGCCAGCUGAGGCUCCAAGCCCUGGAGAAGGAGAUUGUCUCCGCUCAGGACGUCAGGCUGCAUCUGGAGAAGACUGUAGCCCAGAGAGGACAAAAACACAGCCAGGAGAUCCAGCAGCUCCAGGAGCACUUGGAGGGCCUGGAGGCGGAGAAGGCGGAGCUGGGCCAGCAGGUCGAUCAUCUCCUCCUGGAGAACCGCGGCCUGCUGCAGGUGAAGAUGUCUCUGGGCCUGGAGGUAGCGACGUACAGAGCUUUGCUGGACAGCGAAAGCCUCAGGGGUGACAUCUCUUUGUUAAAUCAACCAAGAAACAUUCACAUCACAGAUGCAGUUUUCAGUCCUCGAGGGGUUAAAAAGAAUUACCAGACCCAGCUGUGUGCUGGCCACAAGACCACCUCCCCCUCAUCUGCCUGUGGAGUAACAGGAACAGGCCCAACAGCCAUAACUGCACCACCAGUCAGGAGUGUAAAACCUGUAACCUUCACCAAAACUCCAAAGGCUUCCAUAAAACCUGACCGUGAAGAUGCAACAAAGUCAGCAGCGUGGGAGACAGCCUAUCCUAAAAUUGUGCAGGAUGGAGCUGUUGAAAAUUUCAGACCACAGGAGGUUUGUGAGAAAGUCACCUAUGCUGAGCCUCUGUCACCUCCCGAUGAGCAGGAGGCCCUCGCUGAAACAUCGGAGGACAAAGGAGGUGACGGGGACUGGAGCAACGCUGGUGCUGAACCUCAUGUGGAAAGACCAGGUGCUGAGUCACCUGUCAGUUAUCAGGCUGAGUUUGGCCUCUGCAUCGAACCACCAUCCAGCGGUGAAGUGAGGCAGUUCACCACACCCGAGCUCACAUCAGACCAUGACAGAAUGACACAGGAAACCUGCAGUUUCCCAGGUGGAUCUGAUAAAGAUGUGGCUUUCGACACACCCGCUGAAAAAGAAGAUACGCAAGAGCCACGCGCUCCAGUUGAUGCAUGGUUAGAUAAGGACAAAAAGGCAAAAGAAGAGAGUGUGCAAGAGGAAACCUCAGAUUCGGAAACCGAGGCGGUCAUUGAACCAGACUUCGAAUCCAGGACGAGCAGUCCAGUGUCCGAAUAUGAGCAUGAAGAAAGCGGCUUCAACAAAGAGUCGGAUUUCAGCGGAGAUGAAAACAUCUCAAAGGAGGUAAGACAAGUGGAGCUGAGGCAAGAAAUCAGUGGUGCCAUAGUAGGAACAAAUGAGAUGGAUGUUGAGGAAAAGUUGUACCCUGAUGGAGAAGAGAUGGACACGUGGGACAGUGUUAUAGAAAGGAAGGUUGAUCUGAAGACAGAAGACGGCGUAGAAAAGCAUGAAGAAAAACGACAGCACGCUGAGCCAGAGGAGGACAUAUCGACGAGAGAACAAGAGAGAGAAAUUAGGCAGGAUUUUGCUACAGACACACAGCAAAAUCACCAGGUGACGGAAACACAAAGAGAUGGCGAAGAACUGCAUGUAACAUCAGACCAACAGCCUGAACAGCUUCCAGACAAUGAAGAAGAUGAUGAAGAGGAGGAUUCUCAAAACGUCUCAGUGUCAUGGAGGACCGAGCUGGAGAGCGACAGCUACGCUCAGGACAACACCCUCGCCGACACUCGCCCUCUGAUUCGAUACAAAAGCGACGAGACUGACGGCAACACUCAGGCAUCACACGUGGAUGAGAGCGAGUCCAGUGAAGGCGAACAGGAAAAGAAGAUCGGAGAGGCGGGACCUGGAACGUGGGAUGAAGACAAGUCAAAGAGAUUUGGAACGAUGGAAGAUCUGUGUGAAGAAGAGGAGGCACUGGAUGAGGAAUAUCAUCUGGGAUAUACUCAUACUGAGGACAAUGCAGAGGAAAUGAUCAGGGAAGUCAGCGAGGGACAUUUGGAUGAAGAAACCGAAGAAGUUAUCAAAGCCGCGGUGCCCUCAAACGUGGACUUCGAGGAGGAGUUGGAGACCGACAGACUUGUGGAACAGGAGCUAGAAAACUUAGCCACAGACAGCUACAGAGCUCACUUCACACAGCAGCAGGACUGUGAGAGUGAGAAGCUGCUACAUCCACAGCGCAAGCCCAUCGAAGAAAUGACGGAGGAAGAGGAGGCUGCAAAACCAGAGGACACGCCGUCCUGUGUGAAACCGGAACUGAGAGCAAACCCGGAACUCACACCUUCCACUACAAUUACAGAACAACCACAUGACAAACUGUGCUUCAGUGAGUUGUCAGUGACAGACACUCCAGCUGAUGAGGAGGUCCAGCAUGAAGAUCGAGAAGCUCCAGAAAAAAGAGAGGAGGAGGAUGAACACAAUGUGUCCACGGUGACGCAUGCUGAUGUAACAGAAGAUCACUCCGGCUUUAGGGAUUUGGAAGAAAUCAACAGCUCUGUGUUACAGCUAACAGCAGAUCAGAAAACCCUGCUGGAUGUGGCUGAGAUGAAGGAGGCUGCACCUGUAGAGGCAUCCAGUGUAUCUCAAGAACAUCUCAUUGAAGAGGCUGCAGUCUGUCGGGAAGUUCCAGAGACAGCUGAAUGGGAAGUUCUGGAGAACCCAAAUGAGGACUUUGAAAUCAGAGAUCAGAAUGAAGCCUAUGAUGAAUGUAAUAAUGUGCCUGAAUCCACUGAAAAGGAUCUCCACCACGAUGGAGGCGUUUGGACACAUGGAGAGGAUCUCCGUGAGAGCUGUCCCGGCAGCGUGCCCGAUGAAAAUGAUAUCUUUGUGGUUAAAGACUCAGCAGAAGUAUUGAACACAAACGGCAAAGACACCAGCCUCCAAGGUUUCUUCAGCUCUGGUGUAAAGAAUGACUUCUGGGUGUCCUCCUUGGAGACCGGGGCCACCUAUCAACCAGACGAUGCCAGUAACGAACCAGCUGAGCAAACCAAUCAGAGUCUCGGGUUCGCCGACAACUUGGUAUGGGGGGAUUUGGAAAACCCGAAUGCUAACUGGAAGUCCAGUGUAGAUACUGACUAUUCUGAAGCCGUGGUCAUCAAGGAGGAGCAGGAGCAGAUGCUUUCAGGCGUCAAGCAGGUGUUGAGUAGAAAUGUUGCUGAGGGUGAGCUCGUCCAUUCUGAGGAGUCUGAAGCUGAGGCUGAAUCCUGGUCAUCUGGGGAGGAAGUAGUAUGAAACGUGGUGAGAAGUUUGAGUCAGACAAGUUUUAGACUUGAUGAGUGUUAGUUUUCCAUAGAGUAAGUCGUGCCUUGGGUGGGCACCUCAGCGACGCUAACCACCAAUGUGCCACUUAAAGACACCGAGCGCCCGCCUUGUUUCAGACCUACCUGACUCGCCAUUUUUUCUUCUAAUUGUUUAAACUGUGUGCAUGUAGUGGAAGAAGGUGUGGCGUGUUUGCAUGAGAGAACAGCAUGAGGACAGAACAAAGAAUGUCAUCUGAAAGUCAAAGCGUUUAUUGAUUGCCACCUAAUCUGAUUUUCACUGACUGAUGGAAAUCAAUGAGAGCAGGAGGGUGGGAGUCACUGCGCUGGACAACCUCUUUGCAUGUUUUACCUACACAGAGUGAACGACUGUUUGGCGAGUUAAUGAUAAAAGCCAAUUUUGACAAGUUAUGUCUGUAUCUGACUGGCCUGAAACUGACUUUUUAUUUCCAGCCAUCGAGUUUUUGCUGUGGUACAUUUACAGUCCAAAAUAAACAGUAGAUUGAUUACUUGAUUACUGAGUCUCUGUGUUUGAAUGUUUUAUUACUAACUUGCACAACACACCUCACGCAUCAACAUUACCCAGGUUAGCUUCACAGAAGAUCUUUAAUGUUGUGUUAUCGUUUUAGGACAAACGUAUCACUUUAUUUUACAGGUUUGUCAUUUCCUCCAGAGUGUGUUCCACUAGCACACGACUGUAUAACACGAGACAAAUCCGGCAGGCUUUUUCAUUGUGGAGAGCAGUGAAGUGGAAGUCAGAGGGAGUCGAGCAUCAGCAGUGGAAACUAAACUGGCAAACUAAAAUUCUCUCACAAAUCGAGGGUAACUGGUUAGUGAUGGUUUCUUCUUCUAAAAUCGGGAUGCAGUUACACCCCCAAGAGAAGGUCAAGAAACCAGCUGCUUGCUGCCUUCUAGCAACUUCCAUCUUUGUUUCCCUUGGGGUUUUCACUGAGAAGGGCUGUGAAGCUGUGUGUGUGUG